AUGUCGUCAAAAAAUAAAAAGUAUGAUCAAAGAACCUAUAUGCAGAAAAUCCGACUCGACUCAGGUGGCAAAAGAAUAAGGAAGAAGCCUGUGAAACCUUGUCAGGAUUGUAAGGAAACGAACGAUUGCAUCAAAUUAUUUUCAAAUAAAAUAAAUAGAUUAGAAGAAAUCGUCGGCAAUUUUCGUAAAAAUAUCCCUAGGAAGACCAAUGAAAUUUCCUUAUUCCGCGCAAAAUUCACACUGAAUAGCGUUCCUUGUGAAUUAGAAUACGAUUUAUCACGUUUCACAUUAGAGAGUUUACAAAAAUUGGCUGAUUUUACAACUCAAAAUUGCAACAACAAAAAUGAUCCUUCUUCUAGCAAAAAGAAUUAA